CACAGGAGAGUGUAAGGGGAAUCAGGAUGUUAAGUAAUAUCCAACAUUUCUGCAGAUGGCCGCCAUGCCACUUCAUGAAGCAAAGAGGAACAAGCUUCGUCACAUUUGUUACUGAAGGAAAAUAUAUGAAACGUGUUGCCCCUGCAAGAUCCUUGUUUACAUCUCCUUGUCUACAGAAACCUCAGCAAUCAGGUUCUACAAAGUCUCCUAUUACCUUGCGAGCAAGGUUGCUUGUAACUGUUGCUAUUGGCGGAGCUGCGGUGGUCGCAUGGCGCUAUUUGCAGUGGGAAAAAGAAGAGAAAAAGAAGCUGGAUCGAAUAAAACAACUUCAAACGAUCGCUGUUGGACAGGGAGACUUCAAUCUUUUGGACCACAACGGCCAGCCAUGUUCUAAAAAAGACUUGCGAGGAAGCUGGGUGUUGAUGUACUUUGGUUUUACCCAUUGUCCCGAUAUUUGUCCGGAUGAACUGCAGAAGCUGUGCUCUGUUGUGUCUCUGCUUGAGAAAGAACCCACAGUGCCCCCGGUUUUGCCAGUUUUCAUUACAGUUGAUCCGGAACGCGACAGUGUGGCAGAACUGGCGAAGUACGUUCGUGAAUUUCACCCACGACUCAAGGGAUUGACUGGCUCGCCGGAUCAGGUGAAAGCGGUAGCCCAGGCAUAUCGUGUCUACUACAGCGCUGGACCUCCUGAUGAGGAUAACGACUACAUUGUUGAUCACACAAUUAUCAUAUACUUGAUAAACCCAGAUGGAUUGUUUACAGACUAUUAUAACCGGAGCAAAAAUGAUCAGGAGAUAACAGAGAGUGUGAAAAAACACAUGAAGACUUACAAGUCGAUAUUCAGCUGAAACAAAAUGUUCAUCUCCCAGUUAUUGUA